AGCUCUCGAGACCAGUUCUCACUUGUUGGGCUUUACGACAUGGAUUCAAACAAAUCGCGGGGUAGAUCUCCAUUGCCGUAUGGCUGACGGCUUCCACCUUGGAAGACUUGUUCUGAAUUAUAUUGCGGUGAUCUUUUCUGUUGCAGACAGAAUCGCAUUGACAGAUUAUGUCUGCAGAUGGAGUCGCAAGACAUGGCAGUAUUCAAAGCUAAGCCACCACCUAAGAGAGAAACAAUCGGACGUCGAUUGUUCUACUGUGCAGCCUUGUCAGUCGCAGCGGCAAGGCAAAUCGACCAGGCUUUGCCAAGAAGUGAAAAGGAAAGCAAGCCGUGUGCAGCCUCACUUGAAGCAUGCAACAAUCUACUCCUCUCAGCGAAGAUAUCGUAAAGAUAAUCCUUCCCUAAUGUUAUUUUGAGUAUUGUCGUCGUCCAAGGAUGGACGUUGACAAUCUUACACUUGCGAGGGAGGAAAGAGCGAGCGCUUGGGCGCUUGCCAAGGCCCGCUCCAUCGACGACCUCGAACCUUCAGAACGACAACUCUACGACAAUGCCACCCUCGAGAACAUAUACUAUUCCACCAGCAAUACCGUCAGAAGCGAUGGAGAGAACAGCAAGACUCGAAAUGUCAUCCGAAAGCUGGGGCCAUUGGUUUCUGCCAUCCAAAGCUAUGGCACUGCCAUGGACGCCUUCUCCCAGAUAGCCCCGCUCUAUCUCAGUCCCAUAUGGGGAUCUAUCCGAGUUCUACUGGUGGCUGCAGAUGCGCAUAAGAAGUUCUAUUCAAAGAUAGUCGAUGUGCUGGAAAGAGUUGGGGAUAUUCUCCCAAGAUUUCGUGAUUAUGAACGAAUAUACCAUCCACAGAAACACCCACGCCUCACUCAAGCCAUUUCGAAUGCAUAUCUCGACAUCAUAACACUAUGUACGAAUUUCCGGCAGACAAUUCGAGACCAUCAAGCUUCCAAAGUUCGCAGAAUUUUCAAACCAUUGUCGAAUAAUCUACAGUCCGACGAGGCAAUCGAGAAGUUUCGGCAACAUAGGCAAAACGUUGAGGAUGAAGCCAACUUGUGCCACAUGAUAGAAGCCUCCGAGGAAAGAGAGACUCGCAUGACGCUGUUUGCUGUAGAACGACGACGACGAUUACUUGCCCGUUUGUCCAAUGUCGAUUGCACUCGGAAACAUUGCAAACUCAAGAAUACACGGCAUAAAGGAACGGGCAUUUGGCUACCCCAACAUCCAGAAUAUAUCAAGUGGGAAUCAAAUCCCAAGUCAGCAGUCUUGUGCUGUCAUGGCAUACCUGGAUGUGGCAAGUCUGUUCUAGCCUCGACGAUCAUCGACUCCACGGAAGACAACAAACGUGCCAUAUUCUACUAUUGCGAUUAUGCCGACAAAAGGACUCUUUUUCCAUCAAAUGUGUUUGGCACGCUAGCUCGCCAAAUCUUGGAGAGACAAGAGACCCUUCCAGAACCUCUCGCACCUACCAUUGAACGAGCAGAGCAUGAUGGUGAUCGACUUACAGAUCACUCCGAGGCCUUUCGUUUACUUGUACAGUGCAUCGAGAUUGCAACUCACCCACUCUGCAUUGUUCUCGACGGCCUUGAUGAAUGUACGGAACAUUCGCAGAAAAUCAUCUGUGAUGGGCUUCAACAUCUUCUGCAUCUCGAUAAUUUGAAAUUGAAGGUUUUUAUAACAGCUCGAGCAGAGUUAGAAUCAUCGCUCAAACUCAGGCCAUCUAUCUCAUCAUUGAGCAUAUCAAUUUCUUCAGCAACAAUAGCUCUGGACAUUGGUUCCUAUGUCCGAGCAUCAACCAGACAUCGAAUAUCCAAUGGAUCGCUAGUCAUGCAAGAUCCAAGCCUAGAGGAGUUGAUUGUCGACAAACUUGUGAAUGGCGCUAAGGGCAUGUUUCUGUGGGUAGAGUUCCAGCUCAACGAUCUGUGUGAUGCCGAAUCUGACUGCGGCAUCAAAAAUGUUCUCGAAAAUCUGCCUCGAAGCUUAAGCGAAACUUACGACCGCCUCCUAAGCCGAAUUGAAGGACGAGAUCGAGCGACCAUGAUCGAAAGAAUGUUCAAGUGGCUCGUGUGUGCUCGCCAACCACUUCGCGUCGAAGAGCUACGCGAAGGAGUGGCCUUCACCAUUGACGACCUCGAAUGGGAUCAAGACAAGAUUGUUACGGAUCUGAAUCGCUUGGUCCGCGCAUGCUCCAAUCUAGUGGUGAUUGAUGUAGAGACGCAGAUUGUACAGCUAUCCCACUAUACUGUCGAGCAAUAUCUUCUUCAGAAUGAUGCUGCGGCUUUCCAUUUUACGCGAGAAGACGCUGAAAUUAUGGCUGGAGAAUUCUGUCUUGCCUAUCUGUCAUUCUCAAACUUCGAGACAAAAGUUACACCUUACCGGGAAAACACGAAUACGAACUUGGUUGCGCUUGGAAGAAUUGCCCAAAACAGAUUGCUGGUUUCUCCAUAUCACCCUGGCCAAGCUGCCAUCAGAGCGUGGAAUAGUAUCAGAAAAUCUGAUGUAUCUCCAAUCGAUUUUGACAUGACGGAAUACACGAGGAAACGACCCGUAAUUCACAAGACAUCGGAAUUCUCAUGUUUACAGUAUGUAAUCGACAACUGGCUUGUACAUACCGGGCCAGUUCUGCAACAAGGAGUCGAUCAAGAUAAUCGCUCCCAUAGAAUCAACCAAUUAUUCCGGGACUUGGUUUUACACAAAGAAUUGCCAUUCGAGUUUCGUCCAUGGGCUGGCCACCUCCCUAUUGAUGACACUCGAGUUCCGAAGGCUCUUUUUGGCUGGGGGCUAAUGAAAAAUCACUCUUCAUUAAUCCAAUUAGCGCAAAACAUUCUAUCAUCACAACCACCUCCAAGUCAAUGGUAUCCUUGGUACGAUGACAGCAUUUUGGGGUGGAGGUCGUUUUAUCGUCACAAUUGUUUUGAUGAGUCUCGGUACAAACACCCAAACGCAGAUUGCUUGGAGGAUUCUUACGUCUUAGAGACACCAAGCCCCUCCUGGAUAUUCUCUAAGCUUCUAGCAGCUUGUCGAAAGGGCCACAUAGAAGCCGUCAAAUCGUCCGGAAUAAUGGACAUGGCAGCGGCUUAUGAUAUGAGCAGUGACCGCUCCCAGCUUCUUCACUAUUCCAUCGUAGUCGUUGCCAUGAACGGACACUUACCUGUUCUUGAGUAUUUCUUGCCCCUGUCUGUUGCAUCCAGAACAAGUACUAAAAUCAUGCAUGCUGGCUCCGGAUACUUUCUGAAUGCUUUAGAGUAUGGAAUAUUAUCUGGGCACUUGGAGAUUGUUCGGGUCCAUUCGCUGCGGGGCAGAAGGUUGAGUUGUUUGUUGAUAACGAUAGCUUCUACUCUCUGAUUACCGAUGCUUUCCAUAGGUUGCAAUCCGAGAAGCUGGCAAUUCUUUUCCGUCUAGGUUCAGUCUCUUCAAGUGAUGACCACGCUAUUUUUGCGUUGAUCCGAGCCGUCCAAAAGGGCGACUCUGGGGUGGUCGAGAC